AGAGAGAGAAUCUAGAGAGAGAGAGUGUGUAAUAAAGUAACAUAAAACCUCUUUGGUUUUUUUAGCACAAACUUACUGCUAAAAACACAGAUCUAGAUCCAAAUAACUACUCUCAACUCAAGAUCUUCAAGCUAGCUCCAACUUCAUUUCAGGUGAACCACAACAUACAACGAUGUCAAGGAGGCCAGCAAGUUUAUCUCGGCGUUUGGGAGAUGGAGCUGGCAUUCCAUUUAUGGGAUCCUUGAAUCCAAAAUCUCGUCCAUCACCUUUUCUAUCCAUUGGGCUUGUACUAGUGGGAGCUUUUCUGAUAAUUGGUUACGUUUAUAGUGGUUCAGGUGGAAGCAAUGCUGAUAAAGUGGCUUUAAGUAGGCUUGAAGCUGGUGUAUCAUGUUCAUCAGAAAUUUAUCAAGCAUUACCAUAUCUGAAGAAAGCAUACAGAGAUAGCAUGCAUAAAGUUCUGCAUGUAGGGCCGGACUCUUGUGCAGUGGUCUCCAAAUUAUUAAAAGAAGAAGAUACUGAAGCUUGGGGUCUGGAACCAUAUGAUUUAGAUGACAGUGAUGCCAACUGCAAGAGCCUUGUACGGAAAGGCAUUGUUCGUGUUGCUGAUAUCAAGUUUCCCCUCCCUUACAGGUCAAAAUCAUUUUCUCUUGUCAUAGUGUCGGAUGCUCUUGACUACUUAUCCCCAAGGUACCUCAACAAGACUCUUCCAGAAUUCUCAAGAGUAUCUGCAGAUGGAUUUGUUAUUCUUUCUGGUUAUCCUGGUCAGCGUAGAGUUAAAGUGGCCGAGAUGUCCAAGUUUGGCCGCCCUGCUAAACUGCGAAGCUCUUCGUGGUGGAUUCGGUUUUUCGUUCAGACAAAAUUAGAAGAGAAUGAAGCUGCUACUAAGAAGUUCGAACUGGCUGCAGCCAAGAAGGCAUACCAAUCAAGCUGUCAGAUUUUCCAUCUCAAAUCACUCCAUUGAUGAAGGUGAAAUAUAAAGUUAAAAGAACAUACACAAAAGUUGGAAAUUUUUGUUGGGGGAAUUGUCUUAAGUUUCAAAUGGGGUCCAGCAUACCGAAGAUGUAUAUUUGUUAUUUCAUGCUUUUCAUAUUGUUGGAACAAAUGAUGAUAUAAUCUUUAGACCAUUUUGGUUUGAAAGUAUUGUUUUUAAUCAAUUGUAAAAGAACUGUAGCUCUCUAAAUUACUAUGUUGAUUGGAUUCUGGUGCCCCCUCCUUUUCUGCA